AUGCCAAACAUCACUCUGAAUACCGGUGUCUUAGGUGAACCGAUUGAUAAACGUCAAUAUGGAGGCAAUGGACUGAAGUUUGUUGUGAUAUACGCAGAAAGUAUUCGAAGGCACCGAUUAUUUCAUGAUUUCAAGAGGGAAGUAAUUGAUGUAGCUUUUCGAUUCUGGGAGAGAGCAUUGAGUGUAAGAAGACCACCAAACAGAAAGCUGCUUGCAGAAAGAGGAUGUGUUGAACAAUCAUUCUUUCGAGAUUUAACAACGGGUAAAAUAUUUUGUAAAUCACAAUGUAAACCAAAAGCUACUUGCUACAACCAUCCAAUUCCAGAUGAAUAUGCCUCCGGAUGCUCUGUAGGAUCUGGUGUUGGAUCUCUCAGAGAAGUUUAUCGAGAUGGUCCAGGAUUUGCACCAAAUCAAUAUGUUGUUUUUGUCUCAAGUGUGAAUGAACUUGGUUGCUUAUCAGGUAGAACAUUGGCUUAUGCUGGUGCAUGUGAAACGCACCCUACAACUGACAGACCAAUUAUGGGAAUGAUCAACUUCUGUCCAGAAAAGAUGGAAAUAGAAGAACCAGGAAGAACUAUGAUGCUUGGUACAGCUAUUCAUGAAAUGGCUCAUGCUUUGGGAUUCUCUAAGUCGAAUUACGCUUUGAUGCGUGAUCGAGACGGCAGACCAUUAACACCAAGAGAUCCCAGAACAGGUAAACCACCAUUGAAUCCUCAAAGGCAGUAUGAUCCAAGUGAGAUUACUGUUAAACGAAUUGCUCGUCCCUGGCUUACAGCGGCUGGAUCUUUUAUAAAAACUUUCUCAUCAUUUGUUACACCGACAUUACUGGCGGUAGGACGCAAACAUUAUAACUGCCCUAACCUGGAUGGGAUCGAUAUAGAGAAUGAAGGAGGAGAAGGAACAGCUGGUUCACAUUUUGAUAAACGAACAGUUGGUGAUGAAACAAUGGCUGGUGAGACUGGAGUGAAAAGUGUACUUUCAGCAUUAACAUUAGCAUUCUUCACAGAUUCAGGAGGGAAAAGCAUAGAACCUUACUGUGAUGAAACGGGUUCUUUAACGUGCUAUCAUAAGAAGGCUUUUGGGAUUUGUGCUAUGGGAAAAUAUAAGAAUUUAUUACCACCAGAAGAGCAAUAUUUCAAAGGUAAUCCUAAUGUUGGAGGUACCAGUACAUUGACAGAUAGAUGCCCCACUGUUCAGCCAAUGGAGACGUUUUUCAAAGAACCUUUUAUGACCUACUGUGAUCAUCGUUUAAAUAUUCCAUUCGCACAAAGAGGAAAUAUGUUUGGUCAAGCUUUUGGGAAUAGAUCGAUAUGCAUUCCACAUAUGGGAGCUUGGAGAGCUGAAAUGAAUGGAAAAUUAACACAAGAUCCUCGAGUUAAAGCAACUUGUCAUGAUGUAAUUUUAAAAAGAACUCUUAUCUAUAAUUCCAUAAAGAUUCCACUAAAAUCCAAAUUAAAUUUAUGA